UGGGAGCAGAGGAUGGUCCCCACCUGGGGCAAGAGCCCGUCUGGGGCUCGGCCCAGCCCUGUCUUGUAGCAGGUGCUCUGUGGAGAUGGUCACGCCUCUCCCCUCUAAAAAAAGAAUGGAGUUUGGCCUUAAAUAAAGUAUUUUCUAAAGAACACAGGGAGGACACUGGUUUACAGGCUGUGACCCUCCGCUGGGGUGCUUGGCACCAGGUUCUCACAGAUGGAGGGACAUGCUCGAAGCUUUCCCUCAGCACCAGCUCCCAGGUCCCCAUCAGCCUGGCAGUCAUUUCUCUUUUCACUUUCUUUCCUAACCAUAAUUUAUUCCCUUCUGCGUGAGUUUACAGACGAGAGGCAUCGGUCUUCCCCCUCUCUCUCCACCUCCUUCCCAGCCAUGUGACUGAGCACUCCCCGCAGCAAGCGAAACUUUUCAGUCCGCAGGAAAGCUCGGUUUCGUCUGCAGCCGCUCCCCGGGGAGAAGCAGCGCCUCACACCCGCACCGCGCCGGCCAUGGGGAGGAGCGCACGGCCCCUCGUCUCGCUGACCCUCGCCUGCGCGUUUUCCUCCUGCUUCGCUGAAGUGGUCCUGGGGGUCGAACUGUCUCCAGAAACCACAUCCUUCCACCAAGCGGCUACUUCUGCUCAGCCACUUUCCUUUUAUCGUUCUUCACCUCAUCAAAGCACCACAGUUCAUUUUAACAGCGCAGGCCCUCUUCAAACAACACUCGUGAGCCACGGAACAACUGAGCAGACAACGGAGCGGCUCCAGGCACCCUCAGCUCCAGGCCAGCGCAGGGCAGCCCGGGCAGGAGCAGGCACCGUAUCCACGACACCCGCAGACAGCGCCGGCACGGCCGCCCAGAGCACGGCCUCGGUUACAGCUGCAGUGGAGAACGCAACCGCUCCCUCUGCGUCCUCCACCGGGCGUGGGAGGAGAACACUCGCGACCACAGGAGCCACGGCAGCGGCCACCAACACCUCCCUGAAGCACGAGACAGCGAGUACCCAGGGGACGGCCGCCAGCAGCGCCUCCGCGGCCACCGGCACGCCCGGGGCCGGGCGCAGCACGCGCUCACGGACGCAAACAACAGCCACGGGCGCCCCAACGGCCUCGAGUGGCUCAGGAGCCACCAGUGCAGGGACACACACGGCCCCCACGUCCCCUGCCAGCACAGCGAGACCCCGGCCCACCCCGCAGCCCUCUGCCAUCCCCACAGGCACCUACACCCUCUCCGACGGGAACGGGACCUGCGUCAAAGCCGUCAUGGGCCUGCAGCUGAUGGCUCGAAACACGCAACAGGAGCAGAUGGAAUAUGUGACUGUCAACCCUAAUGCGACAAAGAUAUCUGGGAGCUGUGGGAUGGUGCAGUCUGAGCUGAACUUAACUUUUAGUAGAGGAUUUGUAAACAUCACCUUUGUAAAGCAAGCUCCAAGUUACUCUGUCACUAAAAUUGAGAGCAGAAUACAGUUAUCUUCUGAAGGUAUGUUUUACUAUGCUGUUCUAAACGAGAAGCUGUUCACAACAAAGCUGGGGAAUUCCUUUAAGUGUGCCAGCAGGCAAAUCUUCCCCUUGGAGAGGAACUUCGAGAUCCUCUUUGUUCAUAUGCAGCUGCAGGCGUUCGACAUUGUGGGUAACCAGUUUGGACAAGAAGAAGAAUGUUUUCCUGAUAGAAACAGCAGAGUAGCUCCCAUUGCAGUGUCCCUGAGUAUCCUGGGAUUAUUUGUGAUUGUGUUUGCCACCUUCCUGAUCUCCAGGAGAAAGCCACAUAGAGGAUAUGAACGCAUCUGAGGUGCCCUUGUGCUUCCAAACGUGUGCAACAAGCAGAGAAGUCACAGGAGUUUUUGCUUCUGCCUGGCAAUCUCCCUGCCCUGAAGCCACAUUUUGAAGUGAGAUGACACCAUGUGUUUACAGCUAAUGAAUGUUUCUGGAAGGAGUUUCCUUAAGGUGGGGAGGAGAGAACUCACACCUUCUACUUUAGGCUAUUUUUAGCAUCUAAUUUAGAUAUAGUCCAAAAUGAGGAGCUUAAAUUCUCUCUGUUAUCAACAAAGGAGCUCAUUCAGAUCACUUAAACCAGACUCCUAAAAAUAGCUUAAAGCAAGCAGUAUCACUAUCCCCCAUAAAAUCCAUCAGGUUUGUUAAUGAUGGUGUUUAGAUUUAUCAAAAGAUGUAAAUCUGACCUACAGGUCAAUAAACAGAGGCCCACAGCUACAGACAACCCUGCUAAGUGAGAGCUCACUGAAAGCUUUUUUCAGAACAUGGUGUGUGCCAAAAUCUCAGAGGAAGUGUCCAGUGUGACUCCACUCACAAGCAAGUCCUCACCAGUCCUACAACACAGUUACACUUUCUAAGUGCCUGGGGUUCUCCCACUAAGCCCUUUCCAAAGACACAGGGGUAAUUGUGACUCUUACCCUGGAGCUUAAUGUGUUCCUGGUCUUGUGAGAGUUCAAGAGUCCCCAAUGUGCUGUUCAGACAUGGACCUGUCACAGAAACCACACUGAGCCCAGGAAAUGUCCUCUACUGGGGCAACAGGGUGAUCUCUUAAUCCAGAAAGAUGCCAGGCUCAUGGAAAUGCCUGGGAUUAAGUGACCACCACUGGGGACCAUGCACAAGGUCCAUGAGAAAUGGAAAUCCACUGAUGCUGUAUGGUCAAGGCUUCUGUGGGAAAUAAAAUCUUGCACAGGCUCUGGACAAACUCCACCCAAAAGUGAGUGUUCUCCAGUGUGCUCACAGCUGAGCAGUUGGAUUUUCAUAUGGAAAUGAUUUGGAGUUGCUUUAAGGCACACUGAUACACCCUGUAGUCUAUUUCCUGCUAAACCAAUGAUGAAGGCAUGAGAAUAGUAAUUGCUUUUGAGAUUUAAAUCCAGCUCGUGUUCUUCGUUGUAACAAGGAAAAGCUCCUUGUCACAAAAGAUUUACAUGUGCAGAAAUGUGUGCAUACACACACAUGCACGUGUGCACGUGCCACACAGUCUGCUCACUGAAGCAAAUGACAUCAAGAUGAUGAAAUAUUAUGUACAAAAACAUUUGCAAAAAAGAAAAUAAUAUUCAAUAAAGCACACUUCCUCCGAGGAGUUAGACUAAUGGCUGAAAUUUUACUAAUAAAAGCUUGGCCUGGAAAAGGACUGAGGAAUGGCACUCAUUAAACAAAAGAAAUACUGAAGUCAUAUGCAAAAAUGCCUUGACAGUUUAAUCUGUAUCUAAACAAAAUGGAAAUGCUGGGAGCCAAUUUAAUUUCUAUGAAUAAUGGCCCAAAUCCUGCACAGUUAUUAACAGUAAUGAAAUGUCACUGGAUUUUCACUGGAUAAAAUUGAUGGUUCUGUCUUGUCAGAUAUUCCCUUAAGUAUUUUAAAAAUAGUUUUGAUAUUUUACUAGUAUUUCACCAUUGCUAGUUUACUUAUUUAAAUGAAGAAAGAAAAGAAAUUCUUCCAUUCUAUGAAUUAAUUAGAGAUGUUGGUCAGUGUGAAGCAGAAAACAUGGCCACACUGCUCUGUAAUGAGUAUAAUAUGUAGCUGUGGAAGUAAUUAACAUUCUCUAGAAAUAUUCUCUUUGAGUCUGAAUGAACCAAUAAAUAAGAAAGAUAGUUUUGAAGCACUUUUACACUUGGAGAAACAUCAGAACCAGCUGUGAGCACAGGAACAGCUGAAUACAUUUAUAAGGUAAAAUAGCACAAGAAAUAGGAUACCAAACUUUCAAGGUUUCAUUACAGACACAGUGAUUCAGUUGAAUACUCAAAUUGAAAUGUAAGUAUUUCAAUUAUUCUUUUGCAAAGGGCUCCAGCACUGUUCAUAAUGCUUAGUGAGCUUUAUCGAGCUCAUUUUCCUUUCCUCCUUCCACCAUAACAGAGAAGCAGCCACUGGACUCAGAACUUGGGCCUCUGAUUCUCAGGGUUACUCAAUACUAUGAAUCUGUUGUUUAGAAAGCGGGUUUUUAUAUGCUAUUAAAGCAUUCACCUUUUUUUUUAAGAGAAAAAAAAAGAAGAAAUGUCUGGGAGGAAAGGUAAAUGGAUGAAGAGCUUCCACUUGAAAAUGAGCCUGUGCCUGCAGUAGGGAUGUUGCUGUCCCAGUCUGCUACAUGUGGGCAUUUUAACAACAAAAGCACAUGGUCAGGGCCCAAAGCUGCCCAGGGAACAAUAGAUAUCUUUCCUCUGUCAAAGCUGAGUCCCAUUUCACAUGUUCUUUGGAUUGUUGGAUUGUGUGAUCUGUGUUACUUCUACUGACAUGGAUAUAGCAUGGUUCUGUGCUAAAAAAUUUCUUUAUGUUAAUAUUCAGUCUUUUUAAAAAGUCCUAUAUCAUCAUGAGGACAGAAAAGGGUUACGAAUGACUGCUAAUUCCGUGGUUAAUACUGAGACUCCUGGCAUUUUUACUAGUGAUGCAUGAAUAAUGUUUUUCCCCAUAGUUUUUUUUUUUUCUUUCUAUAGUGAAUCAACAUGUUGGUAGAGAACAGUGUUUGGAUUCAGAUUUACCUGAUUUGUUGUUAUGCUUUUUCUUGCUAUUAUUUGUUUGCUAUUUUUAUGAAGCUGCAUUCUGCCAUUUGUACAUGAACAAUACUCUGGGCUUGCUCCAACUGCCACAGGUGAAGUGCACGUGGUGCAAACCAAUGAAACAACUGGAUGCUCCCAGGAAAUGCUGCCAACAUGCAGCAAAAUGAAUCCAAUGGUGUUAGUGCUUUACAGCACUAGGGUAGUACCUACAGCAGUAGGGUAUCCAUUGGAGAAAUCCUUACUGCAUUGGGAGAUCCCAGCCUUGCAGUGCAACCUUUCUCUCAGCUGUGGCCCAUCCUGUAUCCCAUCACCUCCAUCCCCGAUCCCAAAACCCAGCCAGCCUGCAGCAGGGAUGUGUGUCAGCAUAGCAGGGAGCGUUGUCUCUCCAAAUUUGACGCUGAAUUAGAAUCAGACAGCCCAGCUGCUCCCUGAGCUGCCAUGUGCAGCUCUAAAAGCUGAAUGCUUGUGUUAUUUUCUGCCAGAAUUUAGGAAUAUAUUUAGCUGGUACUUUUCAAUCUAAUGGAGUGGCUUUGAGGUCUCCCUCCCACUGGGAAAACUCUGUAGGGGUAAGUAGUCUUGGUGUUGCUGGACUUGCUCUUUUAAACAUCUUGUCUGAAGAAACAACUUGAGCGAAAAGUCCCUAAAAGAACACCAUACAAAAGAAGGAUAUUUGGAAAACUGCUUGCACACUAGAUAAGCCAUAAUGGCCAUAUCAUGGGGCAGCAGGGCAAUUUUCUCCGCUGUGGGAGGAGACAAAGCUGCAGCUGGGUCCCAGAGUGACUCAGCAGCCCCAGCUCACUUCUUCCCCCAGACUCAGACCAACCUGGCCCUGAACCAAAAGGUGCUGAUCAGGGUGAUAUGAUUCAUUGAUGAUGUGAUGCACCCACCAGGGAAACAAAGCUUAACUUCUGUGCAAGCAUGUGCUGGUCAGGAGGCCGUGGGGCCAUCGCAGGGACCAGGAGGUCAGCGCAUCCCUACAUCCCCACGUCCCCACAUCCCUACGGCUCCCUGGUGCUCUGCUGCAGCUCCCAUGCCCAUCACCUGUGGUCUCUCGCACAUCCAAGACAGAAUGAGGGCAUCCCAGGAGCACGAUGAUGUCACUGUGACACGAUGUGUGUGUCACAGUGACUCAGACAAGUCACUGAGGAGUUUAAAUACCAAGGUCUAAUUUCUUUCAGUCCUUUUUGUUCUCUGAUGGACAAGUGCAAAUUAAGAAACAGCUGUUAAUUCAGUUGAAAGAGGAAGGGAAAUUAGAUUGGCAUCUUGACUAUUUGAACAUGGCUUGGCUUAUCACUUCUAGCUUGCUAUAAUGUAUGGCUGCUAAAAAUAAUUUGCUAUGAGAAGUAAGACAUGCUCUUUAUUUUUCUAUUA